UGGGCCUCCUCUCCCCUCAGCCCGGGCCGGAGCCGGGCCUCCGCGAGGCAGGAAUGGCCCCGAGGCCUCCGACGGCCGCGCCCCAGGAAUCAGUGACCUUCAAAGAUGUGGCUGUGGACUUCACCCAGGAAGAGUGGUACCAUGUGGAUUCCGCUCAGAGGUGCCUGUACCGGGACGUGAUGCUGGAGAACUAUAACCACCUGGUUUCUCUUGGAUAUCAAGUUUCCAAGCCAGAGGUGAUCUUCAAAUUGGAGCAAGGAGAAGAGCCAUGGAUAUCAGAGGGAGAAAGCCAAAAACCAUUCUCUCCAGAUUGGAGGACAAGGCCUGAAGCCAAGCCAUCAAAUCUGCAGCAAAACAUACCUGAAGUAUCCCAUAGCACAGGUGAUCUCUUACGUGCCGCAUUAGGAGAAUCUUGUGAUAUUAGUAGCCAGUUAGAGAGGCACCAGGAAAACUGGAAGCGUUAUCUGGGGCCAAGUGCACCCACCCAGAAGACAAUAAUAACACCAGAAGCAAAUUUGGAGCAAAAUAAAUUUGGUGAAAAUUCUAGACUGAACACAGACCUGGUUGCACAACUGAACAUUCCUUCAAGGCCUAGUGAAUGUGAUACUCUCGGAGGCAAUUUGGGACAUAAUUCAGAUUUACUUAAUCAGAAUAAUAUCCUUGCAAAAAAGAAACCUUACAAGUGUAACAAAUGUAGAAAAGCCUUUAUUCAUAGAUCAUCACUUACUAAACACGAAAAAACUCAUAAGGGAGAGGGAGCUUUUCCCAAUGGUACAGAUCAGGGAAUUUAUCCUGGGAAGAAGCACCAUGAAUGUACUGACUGUGGGAAGACCUUCCUCUGGAAGACACAACUUACUGAGCAUCAGAGAAUUCAUACUGGGGAGAAACCCUUUGAAUGUAAUGUGUGUGGGAAGGCCUUCAGGCACAGCUCAUCCCUUGGUCAGCACGAAAAUGCUCAUACUGGAGAAAAACCCUAUCAGUGUAGUCUCUGUGGGAAGGCCUUUCAGCGAAGCUCCUCCCUUGUUCAGCAUCAACGAAUCCACACCGGAGAGAAGCCCUAUCGAUGUAAUUUGUGUGGGAGGUCUUUUAGGCACGGCACCUCCCUCACUCAGCACGAGGUCACCCACAGUGGAGAGAAGCCCUUCCAAUGUAAGGAGUGUGGGAAAGCCUUCAGCCGAUGUUCGUCCCUUGUCCAGCAUGAGAGGACUCACACGGGAGAGAAACCUUUUGAAUGUAGCAUAUGUGGGAGGGCUUUUGGUCAGAGCCCAUCCCUUUACAAACAUAUGAGGAUUCAUAAAAGAGGCAAGCCUUACCAAAAUAAUAACUACAGCAUCGAUCUCAAGCACAGCUCCUCUCUCAGUCAAGAGGAAAGCACUCUCACUGAAGUAAAGUCCUAUCAUUGUAAUGACUGUGGGGAAGACUUUAGUCACAUUACAGACUUGACAGACCAUCAGAAAAUCCAUACUGGAAACAACCCAUAUGAUGGUGAGCAGACCUUUAGUCAGCCGAUUUCUCAUCCUGGAGAGAAGCCGUAUCAGUGUAAUGUAUGUGGGAAAGCUUUCAAAAGGAGUACAAGUUUCAUAGAACAUCACAGAAUUCAUACUGGAGAAAAACCCUACGAAUGUAAUGAAUGUGGAGAAGCCUUCAGUCGACGCUCAUCACUUACUCAACACGAGAGAACCCACACUGGAGAGAAACCCUAUGAAUGUAUUGACUGUGGGAAAGCCUUUAGUCAAAGUUCUUCCCUCAUUCAGCAUGAGAGAACUCAUACUGGAGAAAAGCCCUAUGAAUGUAACGAAUGCGGGCGAGCCUUCCGGAAGAAAACCAAUCUUCAUGAUCAUCAGAGAAUUCAUACUGGAGAAAAACCUUAUGCUUGUAAGGAAUGUGGGAAAAAUUUCAGUCGAAGCUCAGCUCUAACUAAACACCAGCGAAUACAUACACGAAAUAAACUCUAGGAACAAUGAAAUUAGCAAUGUGUGGAAAACUUUAGCUAAAAUACUGUUAUCAUUCAGUAUAAAAGGAUUCUUUCUAGAGAGAAAGCUUGAGAAUGUAGUGGGGGGUGUGUGUGUGUGUGUGUGUGGUAUGUGAAGAGAACUACUAGUAGACAGUUUUUUUUUUAAAAAAGCCACGAUCUCAGAUCUGGUUAUAGACUUUUGUAAAAACAAUGACAGACUUUAUAUAUAACUAGUUGGAAAUGAUAUGCCUAUAUGUUAGACUUUAUAAAAGUUCUGAAUAUAUAUGUGCAGAAAAUCACCAACUUUUAGCAAUUAGAUUUGUAACUUACUGUUUACAACCCUUUUUAAUAAACUAUAGUAAUCACCAAAACAUUAAAAUUACUUGACCACUGCAUUCAACUAUAGCUCUUAGAUUAAAUUCACCAUGGAAACCAAUUCUAUCACCAAGAAUUCAUCAUUCAAAGAUUCAGAUAAAUUUGUCCAACCACUCCUUUUUUUUUUUAAAUAUUUAUGCAUACAAGAGCUGGGGUACAGGCCAGAGAUGUGGGGGGUGAGAGGAUGCACCAGAGACAGAAUGGGGAACAGAACAGACAGAAUGGGGAACAGAACAGGCAGACUGACUGAAAUACACUGCUGAGGGGAGCAGCAGGCGAGGCAGGAGAGGUCUGCUAUGCCACGUGGGUUUCUCCUUGGCCGGCCAGGGAUUGAACUUGUGCUGCCGAGGCUGCGGAUUGCUUCAAAGUGCAGUGUUUAACCCCUUGCUCCACCAGGGAGGCCCCCAACCACUUCUUUGUACAGAUGAAGAAUUUAAAACCAAAGAUGUGAAGUGGUUUGCACAGUGUGAUACAGCUUAUAAUGACAUCACAGGGUGGAGAAUGCAGGUUCCUGGAUCUCUGGACCCAUGAUCUUGCCAUUGAAAAGGUAUUUUGGAAUUCAGAGGGCUUAAAAAUAAAUGUUAACAUAAAUCCCAUGUACAAACAUUUAAUGAGCUCUCAUGAGUUGGAUGCUUUGGGAAUUCAUAAAGCACAAGAUAAAUGAUAGGCAAAUUUGUCACAAUUUAAAACAAUCUGUUAAAAGCUCACAAGUGAAAAUGUUAACAGAAAAUGCAAAUAGUUGAACUACUAGUGACUUUUUUUCUUUUCCCAAGUAACAUGAUUAUACUUUGGGCCAAAACAUGUCAGCCACACAAAACUACUAAGUCCUUUUAUUGUGCUCUCGAUGACACCCCCAUGAAAAAAAAGCAUGGUCCUUACAUUGUAUUAGUGGAAAAAACAGCACAAAACUAAUGGGAGAAUUUCCCCCUGAAAUCCUUUUUGCUGUAGAGAAUUUUAAUUACCCAUUGCCAUGUUAUUAGUCUUUAAAUCAGUUUAAAGAAUCAGCAUGUAAUGGUUCAUUUUGUGUGCCAAGGAAAGAUUUCAAUGUAAAUAAGAAUUAACUGAGCUUUGGUAUUUUUCCAUCAGUGAAGCCUGAGCUAAGCUUCAUAGCCACUCCAAUCUUUAAUAUCCCUUAACACCUCCCGUGGGUUAUCCUAAAGGAAUUUCCAGAGCUUUUGUUCAUUCAUUGGCACCAACAGUGUAGCAGCUGUGGACAUUGGUUCCUUUCUUAGAACCUCUCCCUUUUAAGAUGGGGUCACACUAGUGAAUCAUGGAGAGGCGAUAUAGGUAGUGGUGAUAGUGGACCUUUCUUUGCAUGCCAGGACCCAUCAUCCCUGUCUUAUUCUGGAUGGCUUAAGGCAGCUCCCAAACAUUCAUUGUCAUUAUUUGCAGGGAAAUUGUAGGAGGCUGAAAUGUAGUCUUUCUAGCUCAAUGAGUCUAUCACCUGUAGAGCAGAAUGGCAUACUCUAGCAGAUCUGCCCUUCCAAGAUGUUAACCAUUCAGAAAUACCUUGUUCAUGAUGCUCCAUGCCUGGUGCACACACAUGAGCCAAGGCCACACUUGAGUGGUCUUAUACAUAAUUUGACAAUGGGUAAUUCUACUCAGACCCUCUCCUACUGGUGGGGUAGGAUGCCAGGAAUCAGGAACUUAGCAUUUUGCUAUUGAUUGUUUGGUGAUGCCUAUAAUGGACUAUUUGCAGGAAUGGCAUGAAUGCUAUCCCACUGUUAAGGAUGUUUAUAAAUACUUCGUUCCAGAGGACCCAAAGGAGACCACUGGUGGUAGAACCUGGCCUCCAUUCAGUCAGUCUCUGAAUCUCCACAUCACUUCACUGAAUAGGGAGGGAGCCCAAGAUGUAUGUGGCUGACUGGGCAGAAACAGCCCCACCCAGCUGCCACCCACCAUGCACUUAGGAACACCCAGCUUUCUAGGCCACAUGAAAUGCAUCCUUGUAACAUAAUUGUACCAUUUCAAUAAAUAGCCUUCUUAGCUAAGUGGGAGUCAGUUUGUCUUUU